UAAAUUGGUUAAAUAUUUUUACAUAAAAUGGCGAAAAACGUUUUUGUCAAGGGUCUCGACAGACGGUAUACCAAUGAGUUUUUCAAAAUUCCCACGAGACUGCUUGGGUCUUGACUAUACGUGAUAAACCUGAAGCUGUGCUUCAAUGACAUACACAUAUUUAGUUAUCAGAGCAGUAACUGUCGAAAAAGGUUCACAAUAUCUUGUAUCUCGUAUCUCUUGUAUCUCUAGUACUAUUUACUUGAAACUGGAAAAUUGCCAGAAAGCAAAUUUGUUGCGGGCUAUCCUAUGAACCGUCGCCCCGAUCACAAUCACGAUCAACACUGGGUUCUCAAUAAUUUCAUUUCAAUUUCUCAACAUUUCAAAACAAAAAAUCAGGUGAAAUCACACAAUUGCAAUAUGGCGGCCGUUGCUGCGAAAAAGGGCGACCAAAUAAAAAGGGCAGGAGGGAGGGGAGGUAUAAAUCCCUAGUCAAGUUUUAAAUGAGAAAUAAGAUUACCUAAAUUUUCAACUGUUUUUAUAUAAAAGAUAACAACUUCAAAGUUAUCCGGAUUUUUUUCCGUUGCUUGGACCCGAAGCCAAACGAUGCUUUUAAAAUAGCUAAAAUAGUUCUUACCGGAUGUGUUCUGGUCUAGUGGGAUUUUACCAGACCAUAUCAAAUUAUCGGAAAAGUGCUCAUAAUGCAUAAUCCAUAAUGCAUAAGGGCAUGCACAACUAACAUUAACCAGCAUAUUUAGUAAUUCAAGACAGUCGCUCUUCGCUAAGCUGAAUGCACUCAGCCAGAAAAAGUGGAGCAUUUCUAUGAAAUAAUUAUAUUAUGUUAUCCUCGGCGAACGAGGGACGCUUUUAAACAAGCGAAAAUAACAAGAUGAUGUACCGAAGCUUUUUUGUUGUAGUUCUUCUUCUAGUCUGCUUUUCAGAUGCUUUUCAAUGGACGAAACAGCCCCUGGAAGUCGCGCAGACAGUGGGUAGUCGGCUCCUCUUGGAGUGGGAUUACUCGCUUACAACAGAUGAGGCGAUAAGUGCGCGAGCAUUUGCACUGCUGAUAUUUGAAAAGGAAAAGACGCCUGGGUCAAGACAGUGGACAGCUGUUGCAGCAAAGAAUGUGAAUAACGAUUCUGUUAGUGCUAUAGAUCCAAGAGCGUCUGUAUCCGUACGGGCCACCCUGGCCGUAAACCGGACAGAUAUGACAGACGACACAAAUUAUCGUUGCACCUUCUUGUCAACUUUCGCAACUCCAGAGAGUAAGGUCCUCGUGCACAUUAGAGCCGUUCCAAACCCAACACAAGUGAUUCCCCCUUCGCGAAUUCCACCCAGAUUUCCAUCAGCAUGCAACUUUGACUCUGAAAUGUGCGGUUGGCAAAGCAGCACGGGAAACAGCUUCUCUUGGACGCGACGGGGAGGGGGAACCCCCUCUUUGGGGACAGGGCCGAGUAAAGAUCACACAACGGGAUCAGGUCACUAUGUGUACACUGAAGCUUCAGGAAGUAGUUAUGGGGACCGGGCAACGCUCAGAGGGUUCUUUUAUGGCACAAGCUAUUCCACCAGGUGUCUUGGCUUCUGGUACAACAUGUACGGCAGUGGUAUGGGAAUACUCCUGGUGAAGAUCGAUGACGUCACCAGAUGGCGUCAGUCGGGAGAUCAAGACAACAGAUGGCUGUACCAAGAGGUUCAGUUCAAUAUCUUUGGAAACGGAACUUUUCAGGUCGAUUUUGAGGCAUUCCGAGGGCAUGACCAAUUUAGUGACAUCGCAAUAGAUGAUAUCACGUUUGCAGUUGGGAGUUGUUCAGGAGCAUCAACUACGCCACCAACAACACGAAUAACACAACCAACAACAUCACCAAGUUCUAAUAUUGUGAGACUUGUGAAUGGUCACUCUUCUAAUUCUGGACGUGUAGAGAUCUAUCACAAUGGGGUCUGGGGAACAGUAUGUGACGACAGUUGGGAUAUUAAUGACGCACGCGUUGUCUGCCGUCAGCUGGGGUAUCCCGGUGUUGUUGCAAGCCACAGCAGUGCGCAUUUUGGGCAGGGAAAUGGUACUAUUUGGAUGGAUGGAGUUGCCUGCAAUGGCACCGAGCGAUUUCUGUCAAGCUGUCGGUUCAAUGGCUGGGGAGUGCAUGAUUGUUAUCAUUUUGAGGAUGCCGGUGUUACAUGUACAUCACUUUAUACAUCGACGCCUACUCCACAUUCUUAUGAUCCAGGAGCAUCAACUACGCCACCAACAACACGAAUAACCCAACCAACAACAGCACCAAGUUCUAAUAUUGUGAGACUUGUGAAUGGUCACUCUUCUAAUUCUGGACGUGUAGAGAUCUAUCACGAUGGGGUCUGGGGAACAGUAUGUGACGACAGUUGGGAUAUUAAUGACGCACGCGUUGUCUGCCGUCAGCUGGGGUAUCCCGGUGUUGUUGCAAGCCACAGCAGUGCGCAUUUUGGGCAGGGAAAGGGUACUAUUUGGAUGGAUGGAGUUGCCUGCAAUGGCACCGAGCGAUUUCUGUCAAGCUGUCGGUUCAAUGGCUGGGGAGUGCAUAAUUGUUAUCAUUUUGAGGAUGCCGGUGUUACAUGUACAUCACUUAAUACACCGACGCCUACUCCAAAUUCUUAUGAUCCAGCGUGUGACUUUGAAAGAAGCACGUGUAUUUGGAGGAACGUCUAUGGAGAUGACUUUGACUGGACUCGACACAGGGGGACCACAGGCUCGUAUGGCACUGGACCCAGUGGAGACCAUACAACCGGAUCAGGUUAUUAUAUGUAUACGGAAACCUCACCAAGGAAUCCUAACGAUACUGCGAUACUUCGAGCAUCCCUUCGAAGUAAUACAACCCUUAAUCAAUGCCUUACCUUCUGGUAUCACAUGUAUGGCAGUGGCAUGGGUACGCUUCGAGUAAAGAUCAACGGGGUGACAAGAUGGCAGCGUUCGGGCAGUCAAGGAAAUUACUGGCGUUUUCAGGAGAUCCUGUACUCUGUGUUUGGAUAUUAUGACAUUGAGUUUCAAGGGAUCAGGGGCAACGACUUCACAAGCGAUAUAGCCAUAGACGACCUUAGAUCGUCAUGUACUCAAGUACCCCCAGAAAUAUCAUACAUUUCGCCUUCGGCAAAAGUACGAGAAGGUCAGCGGUUUGUCCUCAGAUGCCAGGUUAUUCUCAAGAACAGCUCAUCAGAGGUGUACUGGACAAGGAACGGCGAACGGCUGGACAAUGUUACACGAACAAAUGACAGUGUGAUAUACACCCAGAUCGCUGAACCAAGUAUGGCAGGAACAUAUGUCUGUGUUGCUUCAUCGAUAUACGGAGAAGACCGAAACAGCACGAUAUUAAUAAAUGUAUAUGCUCCAGUUAAAGUGAAUGUCCAUUUCAAUACCACCAGCCGGGACACAGCUGUGCACGGAGAGAGCGUGACGGUCACGUGCUCGUCCCAGGCUUACCCCGCUGCCAGAUGUAAAGUUAGUCACGUGUCCAGUGGUGUGUCUGGCUCGUCUGGUGAGCUGGUCAUUCCCUCGUACACCGAGAUGAAUCAAGGAAUGUACGAAUGCUUGUGUUCCAACAUUUACGGCUUCUUGUCUGGCUAUGGAAAACUUACGACUUACGUUCGUCCUCAUAACACCACAGCAACCCCAGCAUCCCUCAUGAUUAACGAAACCGACCCAAUCCUGUUGACAUGUAGGAGCACAGGGAACCCAAUCCCUGAAUUUAAAUGGACGAAGAAUGGCCGUGUGAUACACGUCGGUCACGUGAUAAAUAUAGCACGGAGCUUCAAAACAGAUGAAGGCGUUUACACAUGCGUUGCACAGAAUGGCCGAGGGUUCACUAAUAGUGUCUCUUUAACAGUCAGUAUCGUAUACUAUUCCCCAAGAAUCCAACAACCGCUGCAAAAUGACACAUUUGUUGAGGAUGUCUCAAGAAAUUUCAGAUUGUAUUGCAACGCCACCGGCAACCCGCGUCCAAUGAUAUCUUGGCGAAAGCGUGAAGAUCCUGGACGAGACUUUGUUAAUGGCCCUGAGCUUACCCUCAGGAUGUCACGAGAUUCUAAAGGAAAUUACACUUGCACAGCUACCAACGACAGAGGGAGUGUUACAUCGAUAGUAGGCGUGAUUGAUAUGAAAUUCAAACCAUACCGGACAACUUUGACAACCGGCAAGCCCAAUCCUGUUGCCCUUGGCAAUGCACGAGCCACCCUCUAUUGCUCAGCAACAGCUGAACCAGCUGUGCUUUGGUAUGAGAUUCUACAUAAAGGACGACAAGUUGCUAACAACACACGCGGAGAGCACGUUAUCGAGAAGGUCAAGAGAGUCCAUGGCGGUGAUUACACGUGUGUGCCGUACAACGCGAUUGGUAAAGGGGUUAACGUCACUACGGUCUUGACUGUAUUAGGUGAUGUCACUAUAUUUAACCCCCCAAUCAACAAAACAAUCAACGAAGAAGGCGAUGUUUCUUUUACAUGUAACGCAACUUCUACAUUGGUUGGAUCCUGGCCUUUAAAUACAAAAAUCACGUGGAAAAAUCUACCCAAUCACGGAAAGCAAAUAGGCUCAGGCCCAGUCCUGACUCUCAAGAAUGUCACUCAGCAACAGGGUGGGAAGUACGAGUGUGAGGCUGAGAACGGAGUAGGUCUUCCAGAUAGAGCGAGUGCAUACCUCACAGUUCACUACAAACCAAUAUCUACGCGUUUUGAGGCCUCAUACAACUUCAACAGCAAAGAUACUGUGGCGACCCUUAAAUGUUCUGCCCAAGCGCUACCAGAACCUCAGUACAGAAUUUAUAGGAACGGCACAUUACUCAGUGUCGGCAACGGCACACUUAUAGUCAGAAAUGGGUCCGACUAUCUUUACUUCAACUGUACUCCGUUCAACAGCCUUGGUGAUGGUCCAACGAAAACGCUAGUACUCUCCAUGGCUGUAUGCGGAAUAAAGGGACACCGCGUGCGUCCUUUGGCCAUGCCUAUGAUUAUGGGUGGGGCUAAUGCGGAGCAUGGGGAAUGGCCAUGGCAAGUCUCCAUGAAGCUGAAUUCCAGUUCUUUGCCACAUAUCUGCGGUGGAAACGUGAUCAGUCCUUGGUGGGUCCUCACUGCUGCGCACUGUGUGCAGGAUGAACGGGCCAGUAACAUCAAACUAACAAUGGGAGAAUGGCGUUUGUUCAAUGUGGACGGUACUGAGCAAGUGAUACCGGUAGAGCGAAUUAUAUCCCAUGCGAACUAUAGCUACAACACUUUAGACUAUGACUAUGCCUUGCUCAAGCUUACACGACCACUGAAUUUCACGCAAUAUGUUCAGCCAGUCUGUCUACCGGACAGUGACUUUCCAGCUGGCACAUUAUGUUACGUUACAGGGUGGGGCAGCACAAAAUAUAGGGGCAGCCCAUCCCCAAAUUACCUACAGGAAGUUGGGCUACCACUGGUUAACCAUUCUCAAUGUCUUGCUACUUAUUUGACGGCAAGUCGGAAAAUUACCCCGCGCAUGCGCUGUGCGGGUACUGAGGGUGUAGCGAAAGCUGUGUGUAGUGGAGAUAGCGGCGGGCCAUUGGUGUGCGAGAGGGGGGGUCGCUGGUUUCUUAUGGGGCUUUCGAGCUGGGGCUGGGCUUGUCCACAAGCGCGACCACAAGUAUUUUCUGAUGUAUUGGCCGCAAUGGACUGGAUUCGUGAAAAAACCCGGUAUUAUGGAAAACCGCUAUAAGUUAAGGAAAGACAGCAAUGUAGGAUUUAAAAUCGUGUGAAUUUUAGCCGUUAUUUUAAAGCUAACUUGCAGUUAAUAAUGUUGAUUUAAAAAGGAUUUACAAAGGUAAACUUGAGGUUCCAAUGUUGUUUUGACUUACACAGUUGUACCAAAAAAAGCUAACUAAAAAUCAAAAAGCUGGGCAUAAGAAAAAUUGUAAUUCUUUUUUUGUCAAUAAUAAGUCAGCUGUUAAGGAGACUGGAUUACUUUAUGUAAGACCCGACCAAAAAGCAGCGACAUUGUUAGGAAUCGCGUAGCUAGGUGUUGGAAGAUUUCUGCACAACAAUGCUAAGUAUGCAUUUUGUUAUCAAUACUAUAGACUCGGUUUCCAGCCGUGGUUUUACGUCGCGCGCUGAUUCUCCACUUACGGCUGGUUUCGUGGUGGUUUCGGUACUCUCGCUCUCCUCUCUCAUCCCACGUGGUGCUGUCAGUCCGCCCGCGAUCAUCUCCCAUCCCACGGGACCGCGGGCGCACCGAAACCACCACGGCUGGAAAGAGAGCCUAAAUGUAAACGGAGAUCAGGGUUGAUCAAAGUCGAUGAGAGUCCCAACUUCUAUGUCCGUUUCAUGUUCAAAUUCGACAUGACAGUUGUCGCCAUCUGAUCGUGUGAAUAAGAGUUAAUGAGGUAUUUCGACCAGCAGUUUUCAGAAAAAUUGGAAUUAAACGUGCAAUUCAAGGCUCAGUGAUGAAUCCUGAAGUCAAAUAAUUACUUUGAAAACAAUAAAAUAAAGUGAUCAUUCUCACCAACUCUCAAAGACCGUUUGAUCGCAACCCUGUGAGAGCUAGAAAGAGUGGAAGUCUUCUCAUAAACUCUUAAAUCCGUUUGAUCGAGGCUUAGCAAUACGUGUGCUUUUUGCACGUGUCGAGUCAGGAGAAACCAAGUCCUAUUUAGGAAUGACCAAGCACGCGUUCAAGACUAGAUUUAAGGUGAAUCGUGGGCAUUAACUUGCGUCGCAGUCAACCUUUUUUUGACGGAGCUUUUUUUCCCUCAUGACGGCCUCCGUUGUCUCUAAUUUUGGCAGAGUAUGUCAUUAAAAUAUUGAAGCUUUAAAAGAAACUAAAAUAUUCUAGAGAUCGUUUGUACAUUUCAAGCUAUAAGUGAAUUAUGGAAAAGAAACUAAGGCUUCUUAAUCCAUAAAAACAACGGUAGAUUUUUUUUUUCUUCAUUUUCUUGUUGUGUAGCCCAAUAGGUAAACUUUGUAGCGUAUCGUUUUGAACCUCAUCCGAUAGCUGUGUAACCAAACUUCAUGGUAUAUAUGGCCUUAAUCCUCAAGGCUAUAUAAUCAACGCAUUUGAUCGAGGAAUACGUUCCCGGGUUUUUUGCCUAUAGGGUUUUAUCCGGGUUACGUACCGGGCGUGUGAUUUUGAGGUUGUAUUUCCAUAAGAUUAUUGAUAUUUUUGAAUUGUGUAAUUGCACUUGCACUUAAGUAAUAUGUUCAGGUAUUAUAAUUUUUAAGUUAAGAAUAUUUUCUGCAUUGUAUUUAUAUACCACGUUUGAUUUCUAAUAAAAUGUGUAGUGGUACCAGUUCGCAGGCACCCAGCACGAGUCACACACA